AUUUUUCCUUUUCUCCACAAAAAAAAAAAAUAUCAAGUUCCAACAAAAAAAGAAUUUGUUUUUUUGAAGAGUACAAUUUUUAUUAAACCAUUUCUUUUUUCUUAAAAAAAAAAAAACUCCCCAAUAAAAAACUUCAUACAAAUAAAAAUGUGCAAGAAAGUUAUUGUAACCGACAUCUCUGAUAAAGCUUCAGAAAAAACUGUCAAAGACUUCUUCUUAUUCUGUGGUAAAAUCAAAGAAUUUGAACUCAUAAAAGAAGAGAGCAACGAUAAACAACUCGCUUACGUAACAUUUGAGCGCGAUACAGCUGCUAAAACAGCUCUAAUGCUUACAAAUGCUGUAAUUGGUGAUAGUCAAAUUACAGUAAGACCUGCUGACGACGAUCAAUCUUAUAAUGAUGAUUCAGAUGAUUGUGAUAUACAAGCAUCUAAACCGAAAGCUGCAAUCUUUGCAGAAAUUUUAGCUGCUGGAUAUACAUUACAAGACGCAAUCCUUGAGAAAGGAAUUGAGUUUGAUUCUAAAUUUGGUUUUAGCAACUACUUUAAACAGUACUUGGCUCAGAUUCAGGCCAAUCUCAAAAAUUUAGAUCAACAUUACAAAGUUACAGAGACCGUAACUACCCGCGCAACCGAUAUUGACAAGAAAUAUUCGGUUUUAAAUAAUGCUAAAUUUGUUAUCGACCAAGCUCAAGAUAGAGUUAAUAACUUACUUGAAACAUCUGCUGGCAAAAUGAUUUGCGAGUAUCUUUUCUGCACACAAAAACAAGUCGCUGACGUUCAAUCUUUGGCCAGAAAAAUCGCCGAUGACAAGAAACAAGAACGAAAUUUCAACCCUGUUCCUUCUCAUUCACAUACGGAUGAUCAGGCAUCUGGUCAACCAGUCUCCUGUCUCUUAUACACAUCUAGAUGUGUAUAA